AUGAAGUUGGAGCCAUCUGUGGGCCAGUACGUGAAGGGGCAGUACGUGUCGGCACAUGGGGAGGUGAUCAGCCACGUGAACAUCUCUACGGUGCACGUGACGGACGGGGGUACGUACGCGUGCACGGCGGAGAACAGUGCCGGCAGCGUGGUGCACUCAGCACGUCUUAACGUGUACGGCCCCCCGCACGUGCGUCCCAUGGGGCAGGUGUCUGCUGUAGCGGGGGAGACCUUCCUUGUUACGUGCCCCGUCUCCGGCUACCCCGUGCACAAGAUCACCUGGAGAAAAGCCAUUGACCUUCAACGCCCAUCAUCAAUCCAUGUGAUCCGUUUAAUCUUGCGGGAUGUUGGUCUACCAUCAAUCUCCAAAUCUCUUGAUGUUGGGGUUAAUCUCCAAUGGGUGCGGUGGCCCACAACGCACCGUCAGAGGGUCCACGCCAACGGUACACUGGUGGUGGAGCAGGUGACUCGAGGUACUGACGACGGUCAGUACUCCUGCACCGCCUCCACUAGACAAGGUCUCUCCGACACCCAGCACCUCACAGUCCGUGUCAUGGUGCCGCCUCGCCUGGCACCCCUCAACUUCCCGGUGGGCACCCGUGCAGGCAUGCAGGCGAGAGCUACUUGUCUGGUGCAGGAGGGGGACCGGCCCCUCACACAUUCUUGGCAGAAGGACGGACACCCCCUCGAUCCUCGCCUGAACGUCCGUACCUCCCAACUGGACACCUUCACCUCCAUCCUUGUGAUCGACAGAGCCACCGCCGCCCACACCGGCAACUACACCUGUGCCGCCACCAACGCCGCCCGCACCAUCACCACCACCGCCCGCCUGACCGUCAGCGUGCCUCCAGCCUGGGUGGUGGAGCCAGCCAGUACCAGUGUGGCUCUGGGUGCCACUGUAGCAUUACACUGUCUGGCCAAGGGGUUCCCCAACCCUACCAUCGCUUGGCGCAAAGAGACAGAGAAUAUUUUCGAAGACGUAUCGCUCAAGGCAGAGCUUAACCAGUCUAGAAUAAAGGCUUAG